GAUAGAUACGGAAAAAACCUACCUCGACUGUUGGUCUUUUGCUCAGUGCUGGUUUCGGGGUGAGAGGCAAUUGUUAUUACGAGCUAAAUUCGAAGAAAAUUGUAACACUGGGAAAAGAUAAUUGGCAUCCGUCGUCUCCUCCCCCACGCACACCUAUAUUUUAUUUAAUGGAAUGGACCACUUCGGCUUCAAUUUGAUUUAAUUUUCGCACUGAUAAAAACGCAAUCGCGCCACAACGUUCUGACCUUUGCAGAAGUACCUUUUUCAUUGUCAGUGUCAAGCGGGAAAAAAUCAAUGGAGGACCUGACGCCUUUAACGAACCUUCAACAGUUCUAGUCCCAAGAUUAUUAUUUGCCCAACUUUCCAAAAGCCGAGUACAACGACUACUGCAAAUCAGUGUAUAAACCCACAAUAUCACGUUGGCAUCCAUCUAAUUUGCGAUAUUCUCUUGUUCCGAGGGUGCGCCGCGCAAGAAAAAGAUGACGGAACGCCAGCCGCUGCUCCUGCAGAGCGACGCCUCCGACUAUGAGGGCAGCCGAGGAUCGGCGGCGCGACCCGUGCGCAGCUCUCCGCCGGACAACACGCUGGUCAACGUACACAGCGAGGACAGCCUAGCAGUGCACGCAGCAGCCUCGGGAUCGGGAGAUGAUGAGCACGGAUUGACGGAUAAGUCCAACUACAACCCCACCCACCAUCGCACCCUGGAGCACCCGACGUCCAACUUUGACACUCUGAUCCAUCUGCUGAAGGGCAACAUUGGCACUGGCAUACUGGCCAUGCCGGAUGCAUUCAGGAACGCCGGUCUGUAUGUGGGCCUCUUUGGCACCAUGAUCAUGGGAGCCAUCUGCACCCACUGCAUGCACAUGCUGGUCAGAUGCUCCCACGAGCUGUGCCAGCGGUUUGAGCGGCCGGCCUUGGAUUUCUCGGAAGUGGCAUUCUACAGUUUUGAGUCAGGACCCGAGGGGCUGAGAAGGUACUCGAUCCUGGCAAGACGGAUCGUUACCACGUUCCUGUUCAUCACCCAAAUCGGUUUCUGCUGCGUCUACUUUCUGUUUGUGGCCAUGAAUAUUAAGGAAGUGAUGGAUCACUACUACAAUAUCCCGUUGACGAUUUACCUGCUGAUACUGCUGGCCCCCAUGAUCAUGUUGAAUCUGGUGCGGAACCUCAAAUACCUGACGCCCGUCUCGCUGAUCGCCUCUAUGCUCACUGUGGCCGGUCUGGCCAUAAGCUUCUGGUACAUGCUGCAGGAUCUGCCGGAUGUGCACACGGUCAAUCCGGUGGCCACCUGGGUCACGUUGCCCCUCUACUUUGGAACCGCCGUCUAUGCGUUCGAGGGGAUCGGCGUGGUCCUGCCCCUGGAGAAUAACAUGCGCACCCCGCAGGACUUUGGCGGCACCACGGGCGUCCUCAAUACGGGCAUGGUCAUCGUCGCCUGCCUGUACACGGCGGUAGGGUUCUUUGGCUACCUGAAGUACGGUGAACAUGUCAGGGGCAGCAUAACCCUAAAUCUGCCGCAGGGCGAAGUUCUUUCUGAGUUGGUGCGCAUUUCCAUGGCUGUGGCGAUCUUCCUUUCGUAUACACUUCAGUUCUACGUGCCCGUUAAUAUCGUGGAACCCUUUGUGAAGAGUCACUUUCGCACCACGGAGACCAGGAAUCUGUCGGCAACUGUCCUUCGAAUCGCUCUAGUCACUUUUACUUGUCUUCUGUCCAUCUGCAUUCCCAACCUGGGCCCCAUUAUUUCGCUGGUAGGAGCCGUCAGCAGCUCAACUUUAGCCCUCAUUUCCCCGCCAAUCAUCGAAAUGAUUACCUUCUAUAACGUUGGCUAUGGCCGCUAUAACUGGAUGCUUUGGAAGGACUUUCUCAUCCUGAUCUUCGGACUCUGUGGCUUUGUUUUUGGCACCUGGGCCAGUUUAGCUCAAAUCCUAAAUGGCACAACAAACUGAGUCUAAAAAAAAAUGGGCCGAAUGAAAAUCAGGACCUGGCUAGUUCUGCCUACAAAUGUGUGCGAAUUUAUGGCGAAGGCUUUAUGUGGUUUUAAUCAGACUACCAAUAUGUUUAGCAUUACUUGUUUCCCUUCUUGAAACUGGUAUCAGUCCAGUGGCGGUGCUCUAGUGUGUUGAAUUUAUUAUUAUCGCGAUUUAUUUGCACUUUUUGUUAUUAAUUAGCUGCAAUCGUACCAGACAAUAACUAGCAUUUUAAGUAGACAGUUUUACCAUAUGUUUGUUCAGUUUGUCAGUAUGUCAGUUGGAGAAUAUUGCUGUGUUAACUCGAGGACCGCACAAUGCCAAAAGUGAUUUUACGUAGUAUUCUUAAAUAAAUUAUUAUUUAGCUUUUACUAUGUAGUCUAGGUCGGGGCAGAACAUUCCAAAGCAGCUGCUCAGAAUUUCCCAAAACCGAAGUUAGCUAAAGUUAUCUGCAUACUUUUAUCGUUCUUAUAAUUGUAAUUAUUGUAGUAUAUAUACUCAACUUAUUAUAUUGGGUCCCCGAAAUGUCGACCUCCGAUACAGUCUUGUAAAUACAUCAAUUCGGUGUAUCAACAAAUGUUCUUUAAUGGUUUAACGGAUAACAAAAGACAAUAAUUAAUAUAACGUUUAUAAAAAUCA